UCAAGUCUUGGCGCAUUUCCGGCGUCAUCGUAAUGCGACACGAGACCCCUUUAAACACAUGUAGCAUUACUGGCUAUUUGUGCUGAUUUUUUUAAUACACUUGUUAUAUUUACAAAUUUAGUUAUUAAAACAUGAGUUCUCAGAUUACUUGUGUUGGGUGGGUGAUGCGGGGUGUUGCCAAGGAAACCCCAGACAAAGUGGAAUUAAGCCAAGAAGAGCUGCAACGCAUCAUUAAUGAAGCAAAGGAGGAGCUGGGGAAUCAAGCAGCUGAUGAAGAGGACGAGGACGACGUUGAUGCUGGCAUUGUAGUUGAUCAAAGUCCUAACGACAUUGUGGAUGCUGCCAUUGCUCAAAAUGAAGAAAGCAGAGGAACAGAGGAGGAUGAGCUAGCAGAAUACGGCCUGGAUAAAUAUGAUGAAGAUGAUUUAGAGACAACAAACCUCGGCAACAGCCUGGCCGGCCUCACCGUGUUCGGCUCAAAUGACGAAGACCCUUACGUCACUGUUAAAGAUACUGAUCAAUAUGAGCGAGACGACUUCCAAAUUAAGCCCACAGACAACCUCAUCCUGGCUGGCAGGGCUGAGAAAGAUUGUUGUAACCUGGAGGUCUAUGUUUAUAACACUGAGGAGAACUCUCUGUAUGUGCAUCACGACAUUCUGCUGCCAGCUUACCCCCUCAGCAUUCAGUGGCUCAACUUUGAUCCAAACCCACAAGAAUCUUCAUGUAACUAUGCAGCUGUGGGCAGCAUGAUGCCCCAGAUUGACGUGUGGGACCUGGACGUGGUAGAUUGUUUAGAGCCCGCCUUCACUCUUGGCAGCAAAAAGGCGGCUAAAAAGAAAAAGAAGAGCAAGAAGGGUGCAGCAGCAGCAGCAGUGCAGCCCAUGGAGGGACACACGGAUGCUGUGUUGGAUUUAUCCUGGAACAAGCUGGUCAGGAAUGUCUUGGCCAGUGCAUCAGCUGACGAGACUGUCAUUGUGUGGGAUCUUUGUCAAGGCAAAGCAGCCACCUCCCUUUGCAGACACACUGAUAAAGUGCAAACGUUAGCGUUCCACCCCUUCGAGCCGCAAACUCUCCUCUCUGGAUCCUACGACAAAACGGCGCUCCUGUACGACUGCCGCAGCCCCGACACCAGUUACCGCACUUGGAGGUUCAGCGGUCAGGUCGAACGUCUUGUGUGGAACCACUUCUCGCCAUGUAACUUCCUGGCCAGCACAGAUGACGGCUUUGUCUACUGUCUGGACGCUCGCUCCGAUAAACCUGUUUUUACACUCAAGGCCCAUGAUGAAGAAGUGUCAGGUUUGUCUCUAAGCAGCCAGAUCAAAGGAUGUUUGGUCACGUCGUCGGCAGACAAACAUGUUAAAAUUUGGGACAUUUUGGGCGAUAAACCGAAGUUGGUGCAUUCCAGGGACAUGAAAAUGGGUGUCCUAUUCUGCACAUCAUGCUGCCCUGAUCGACCCUUCACUUACGCCUUUGGAGGACAGAAAGAUGGCUUACGAGUUUGGGAUUUAAGUGAUGUUGCAACAGUGGCAGAGGUGUUUGGCGGUCGUGAGCGCUUGGUGGUGAACGCAGGCUCAGCCGCAACGCAGAUGGAGACCGCGUAGUGGCACAACAGCUUCAAAAUAUACAUAAAUUGUUUCCUUCAUGGUGGAGUGUGUUCACGGUGUGACACCAUAACCUUCACGCAAAGAAACAUUUUCAGUUGAUAACGUUGAGCUUGUCAUUUGUGAGGUGACGGCAGCAAAAUUGUCUGUUUUAAAACAAUUGCACAUAUGUCUCUUUUUUUUCUUCUCUUACCUAAUUAGAUAAAGAUGUGAACAUUGACAUAAAACAUUUUUUUCAAAAAUA